UCUCUCCUCACGCUACAUUGCACAUAAACUUAAAGCUCCCUCAUGGUUUGCUGGCACGACUUCAGAUAACCUGCUUUGACUCAGGGCUGGGACUGAAGGGUUAGGACCCAGGGUCAGGACCCAGGCCCAGGGUCCGUGCAGUACUGCGACCGUAGUUUCGGUAUAGGUAGGAGAUAUUCAUCUAACCCACGAGUGUAUAACCUGCCUAGAGCAUUUUGUGUAACCCGCCUCAUAGUCAGAUGCAAAGCCAAGAAAUUUGGAGAGGCGGCAAGAUCAGCUGGCCACAGCUGUGUGGAGAGAUGAGACUCAGAGGGAAGAGAGGGAAGAGAGUGAAGCAAGAGAGCUUUCAUUGAGAGUUUCGAGGGCCUUGGGUUUGCUUGCAUGAGGACAUCUCAGCGCGCCAGGAAAGGGGCACUCAGUAAAGGGGCACUCCUCGUCCACGGAAAGGAUGUCGAAACGGCUUUGGUCAGCGGCACUCCUGCUCAUCAUCUGCUGUCCUUUUGAGCUGGAUGCAAGAGAUGGCGGAGGCCUCGUGCUUCCAAACCUCAACACUUUUCAGCUUGUGGAUGCACCCGUGGCAGGAGAAUGUGACCCCCGGUUUGUGGAGAGGAAAGUGGUCGACGACGGGCGGGCCGUGUGUUUGAAACGAUGCCUCUGCUCGGGAGGGGAAUGUGCCAUAGAGGCCGGCUGUGAGGAUUUCUUGUGCCUGCCCCCUUUCCGGAGGGCGCCCGACAUGAGCAAGCGGUGCCUAGCGGACACGUCGUCGGGGGAGAACUGCACCGCGGGGGUGUUACGGAGGGUCCCUCUCGGGAGUGGCUUGGGCCAAUGUUUACAGGAGUGCGUCUGCCCACCGGGCUUGCCCUGCUCGUUUGCGCAACCGUGCGUCGGGUCUCUGUGCGACAGCGGAGCUGUUCCGCAGCAUGACGGGGUCACUUGGGAAUGUGCUCGUGCUGUCGGAAGCUUCGGGUCCACAGGAUGUGAGGAGGGAAGUUUUGGUGGCAGCGAGCAAAAUCGGGUCGCCGUGGCAAACGGGGUUUGCCAUUCGAGAUGCAAAUGCACAACGGAGGGGUGUUCGUAUGAUAACCAGGACUGCGCUCUCCUCAUAUGCAAUCAGGGUUACUACAGCUCAGGCUUGGAGUGUCGACCUAUAGACUCCACUCGCGGAGUCUUAUCUUUCACAGGCGUGUUCCUCGUUCUUGGUCUGAGCUGUUGCAUCGGGAUAGUAAUCGGGGGAGCUUUGCAUUUAAUGGAGUGGCCGUUUCGGAGAAGGCCCCUCUACCGGGUUGUCCCUGAGAGGGAGUGCGCUCUCUCUGCGUUUGUGGACGAUACUUAGGCCGGCUUCGACUUCCAGUUUCCAAGUUUCAAGAUUUUGUAAGACCGCGUCACUAGUCAAAAACUGUACAGUGCAAUCAACAUUGAAGGAGAUCAGGUUACGACAAGUUGGCCAAAAAUGGAAGGUCGCAUUUCGUUCGCCCUCCAGUGCAUGCUGCCCCUUGACUGUAAUGAGCU